AUGUCAGAAAAUUGUCAGAUAGGUCUCGGAAUAUUUUUAUUUUUGUGAUUACAUUUUUGGUGAAAGUACAUAAUGAAAGUGUUUUGAGAAUUUCCGGGACCUAAAAACAUUCUCAAUUCACAUGAUUACAGUAAAUGAUAGUGGCCAGUGUAAAAAUUAUAUGGAUAUUAGUAAUACGUAUAGACAAUUUAUCAAUAUAGCAAACGCCGCACGAUUUUUUUACAACAUUGAACGCGUUGAAUAGUGACGUGUCGUUUCCAUGUGAGUUGCCCAGAAGUUAAAAUCAAAAAUUGAACUAGUGUGGGCAUAGAGAGCGCAUGAAAGACACGUCAAUAGAUAUCAUGGAUUUAAGAAGACGACAGGACAGAACACCAGAGAGAGCAACGAGAAAUGUGAUAGAUACCGGACCAGAGGAGAAAAUGGAAACUAGUGAUUUACGUGGAGACAAGCUUAACAUUGCUAUUCUAUUCUUCCUAUACCUACUUCAAGGAAUUCCUAUUGGACUAACUUCUGCCAUUCCUAUGCUUUUGCAAAAUCGUGGAGCCACGUACAAGCAGCAGGCAGAAUUCAGCUUUGCAUACUGGCCAUUCAGUCUGAAACUCUUAUGGGCUCCGAUUGUUGACUCUUUAUACUGGAAUGCCUUUGGACGGCGGAAAUCAUGGUUAAUUCCCACUCAGUAUUUAAUUGGGCUCUUCAUGCUCAUCCUUUCGCAGCACGUCACUCAAUGGCUCGGUGGAGGAGGCCAUCCGCCGAAUGUCCAAGUCCUUACAGCAAUUUUUUUCUCUCUAAACUUCUUGGCGGCUACACAAGACAUUGCUGUCGAUGGAUGGGCACUUACUAUGCUUAAACGCUGCAACGUGGGUCAUGCAUCAACUUGCAAUAGUGUUGGACAAACAGCUGGUUACUUUCUGGGAUACGUUGUGUUUAUGGCGCUCGAAUCUACUGAGUUUUGUAACACCUACUUGAGAUGGGAGCCAGCUCCUGAGGGAUUCGUUACUCUACCAGGCUUUCUUUGGUUUUGGGGUAUCGUCUUUCUCGUUACUACCACUAUGGUGGCAAUUUUCAAACGAGAAAAUAUCCCAAGCUCUACAAGUAGAACCAUAAAUGAACCUGAGCUCAAUAUUAAGCAAUCAUAUGCACUGCUUUUAGGCAUUCUACGAAUGCGUCCCAUUCAAAUCCUCGGUGCGAUUCUCUUGUCUGUAAAGAUCUCCUUCGCUGCAUCAGAUGCAGUAAGCUCUCUUAAGUUAAUUGAUGCCGGAGUGCCAAAGGAUAAGUUAGCACUUCUUGUUGUGCCCCUGGUACCAUUGCAAAUUAUUUUGCCAUUGGUAAUUAGUAAAUAUACUACAGGACCUCGACCUAUGAAUAUCUACGUAAAGGCCAUCCCGUACCGGUUAGCACUGGGAGUUGUAGCUGCUUUUGUAGUAUGGAUAACACCAGCAUUUCUCACCAAUGGACAUUUUCCUGUGUACUACUAUAUUAUGCUUAUUAUUAAUUAUGGAUUAUAUCAGAUAACUCUAUAUUCUAUGUUUGUGGCUGUGAUGGCAUUUUUUGCGAGAAUAAGCGAUCCCGCCGUAGGUGGUACCUAUAUGACACUCUUAAAUACCGUUAGUAAUCUUGGCGGUAACUGGCCGUCUACUGUUGUACUGUGGCUCGUAGACGUGCUUACGUGGGGUCGAUGUAACAUUCCAGAUACACAAUCCGACAAUAUAUGCGACAGCCAAGAAAAGAAAGAUGCCUGCGCUGCUGCUGGAGGCAAGUGCGAAAUAGACAUCGAUGGAUAUUAUAUUGAGUGUAUUAUAUGCUUAAUCUAUGGAUUAAUAUGGUAUAAGUGGGGCAAAUCAAAAGUGGCGUACUUGCAGAGGCUUCCACUGAAAUCAUGGAAAAUUGUCGAAGAAAAACCCGAUGAUACAGAUUCACAGAGUUUAUUGCCGAAUCACAAUACAGUUCACUGAUAUAAAUGGUACAAGAUGAUAGUAUGUAGCAUUUAAUAAAUAUUUACAAUAAUAAUUUGAUCAGAAAAUAUGCGAAGUGUGAAAUUGUGCAAUUUAUGUAUUUUUUGGUAGAACAUGCAUUGUAUAAAGAAAUGGGGGGAAUUUUGUUCUUUGACAAUAUUUAUUAUCGAAGACGAGUUUGGAAACAUCUUAUGAAAAGAAAGUCCAUCAAAGACCUAAAGCAAGUGACUCCUAUUAUAAAGAAGGACAAAGUGAUUCAAUUUCAGUAAUAAACGCACUGUUAUAUUUAGGAAGUAAUUGGAAUUUCACAAGAAUGAUACAUCAACUAUUAUAAUUAUUUAAAUAGUUUAAAAAAAUGAAGAGUUUUUUCUUAUCAAAGUUAUCAUGUAUAGAUAAAAUUAUUAGAGAAGCUCACCCAACAAUCAUUUGCUCUAGUUUUUUUUUUACAUAAUGGUAAAUACAAUUUUUCUCGCGUGAUUGGGAUUUAUGUUGUUUUUUUUUGUAUCAGUAUUCUUUUUUACAAAAAGGUGAAAAUGUAAAUAAAAGGAUUAUCUAUCAAAAAAAUAGUAAAAUAAAAGAAAAUAUUGUUAAAAAA